AUGGCGGCCGCUAGCCAGUCGCUUGUUUUGGUCAUGAAGGGGGGGGGGAGGGCUAAGGCCUUCAGUGCCCUGUCUAGAGUCGAUGAGAGAAAAAUAAACUUAUUCACAUUAAAAUCAGUUAACUUAAACUUCCUUAUCUUUCAGACCAGUGAAAUCAGUGUAACAGAGAAGACCUUGCCCCCAUUGAGGAACCCUGAGAUUCUGAUAGGGGAGAAUGACCUGACCUCCCUCAGCUAUCUUCAUGAACCAGCUGUUUUAUACAAUUUGCAAGUCCGGUUUUGUGAUAGGAAUGACAUAUAUACCUACUGUGGUAUUGUCUUAGUUGCCAUCAAUCCCUAUGAGGAGUUGGACAUCUAUGGCAAUGACAUUAUCCAAGCAUAUCAUGGCCAGGACAUGGGUGCCAUGGACCCCCACAUAUAUGCUGUGGCAGAGGAAGCUUUUAAAAGAAUGGUCCAAUUUGACCAGAACCAGUCAGUUAUUGUCAGCGGAGAGUCAGGAGCUGGGAAGACAGUGUCUGCCAAGUAUGCCAUGCGUUAUUUUGCUGCUGUGGGUGGCUCUCAUACUGAUGAGACACAAGUUGAAAAGAAAGUACUGGCUUCUAACCCUAUUAUGGAGGCCAUUGGUAAUGCCAAAACAACCAGAAAUGACAACAGUAGUAGAUUUGGAAAAUAUCUUGAAAUAGGCUUCAAAAAGAACCAUCACAUCACGUCAGCUCAUAUGAGAACUUAUCUUUUAGAGAAAUCCAGAGUGGUGUUUCAAGCUCCUGAAGAAAGAAAUUAUCAUAUAUUUUACCAGCUGUGUGCCUCAUCAGAGCUCCCAGAAUUUGAAAAGUUUCAGUUAGAUCACCAGGAUAAUUUUUACUACACAUUCCAAGGCUGCAAUCCAACUGUAGAUGGGAUUGAUGAUGCUGAGGAGAUGUUGAACACAAGAGAAGCUAUGACAUUGCUAGGCAUAUCAGAGAAGCAGCAGAUGAUGAUAUUCCAAAUUCUGUCUGCCAUUUUGCACUUUGGUAAUGUAAAUAUCACAGAAGAUGAGGAUGGAGAAAAUGCCAUUAUAAAGAAGGGAGACAAGAGUCUGCAGACAAUGUGUGACCUGCUGGGGAUAGAUGAGGAGCAGACCAGGAAGUGGUUGUGUAAUAGGAAGAUUACCACUGUGGGAGAGACACUCAUCACGCCACUGGAUACUAAAAAAGCUUGUUUUUCUCGUGAUGCUCUUGCAAAGCAUAUCUAUGCUAAGCUGUUUGACUGGAUAGUGAAGAUGUUGAACAUAACCUUGUCCAUCAGUACAGGGAAACAGACUAACUUCAUAGGGGUACUGGAUAUCUAUGGGUUUGAAACAUUUGAAAUAAACAGCUUUGAACAAUUCUGCAUCAAUUAUGCAAAUGAAAAACUGCAACAGCAGUUCACAUUGCAUGUGUUUAAACUGGAGCAGGAAGAGUAUGUGAAGGAGGAAAUAGAGUGGUCUUUCAUUGAUUUUUAUGACAAUCAGCCCUGUAUCGAUCUCAUAGAAAGCAAGCUAGGGAUAUUGGAUCUCCUUGAUGAAGAGUGCAAGAUGCCUAAGGGUUCUGAUGAAAGCUGGUGUAGGAAACUCUAUCAGCGCCAUCUGAAAGCAAAGCACUUUGAGAAGCCGCGUAUGUCUGAGACUGCGUUUGUAAUCAUCCAUUUUGCAGACAGCGUGGAGUACCAGUCUGGGGGCUUCCUGGAGAAAAACAGGGACACAGUUCUGGAUGAACAGCUGAAUAUACUCAAAGCCAGUGAGCAUGAGUUAGUGGCCGAUUUGUUCCAAGAAGAAGAGCAACGGAAACCACGUAGUGGGUCAACGUCUGCAGCCAAGGUGAACAUCCGAGCUGGUACUCAGCAACCCAAGGGUUCCAAGUCCCACAAGAAGACGGUUGGUUCUCAGUUCAGGGACUCCCUGAAUAAGCUAAUGGACACCCUGUUUUCUACCAAUCCGCACUAUAUCAGGUGUAUUAAACCCAAUGAUAUGAAACAGGCUUUUACAUUUGAGCCCCAGCGAGCAGUUCAACAGUUACGAGCAUGUGGAGUUUUAGAAACAAUUCGUAUCAGUUCAGCAGGAUAUCCAUCCAGGUGGAGCUAUCCAGAGUUCUAUGAACGCUACAGGGUGCUGUCUGUUAAGAAAGAUAUAGUGAAAAAAGACAAGAAGCAAACAUGCAGAAAUAUUUUAUCAAAGCUUAUACAGGAUCCAGACAAAUUCCAGUUUGGUAAAAGCAAGAUUUUCUUCCGGGCUGGCCAGGUGGCUUACCUAGAGAAGCUGAGAUCAGACAAGCUGUAUGCAUGUGGCAUUAUGAUACAGAAACACAUCCGUGGUUGGUUGUGGCGCAGGAAGUACCAGAAGAUCAAGAGAAGUGUUCUGCUGGUACAGACAUAUGGUAGAGGAAUGCUGGCUAGGAGACAUGCACUCCAUCUACGCCGCACUGCAGCUGCCACUAGGAUGCAGAAAGUGUGGCGUGGGUACAAGGUCAGGAAGGCAUAUCUACGCACAAGACAGGCUGUUAUUACUAUACAGAAAUACGCGCGAGGUAUGGCUGGCAGGCAAGAGUUCAGAGCUGUGCUGCGUGACCACAAGGCCGUUAUCAUACAAAGUCACAUCCGCGGCUGGUUGGCCAAGAGGCGGUACAGGAAGGUCAUGCGUGGCAUUGUUCUCAUACAGAGUCACUACAGGAGAAGAAAGGCCAGGGCGAUGUUGAAGAUUCUCAAGGUUGAAGCCCGUUCUGUCCAGCACAUCAAGAAAGUCAACCUGGGACUUGAGAAUAAGAUUAUUGAAAUGCAACAUAAACUGGACGAAAAGAACAAAGAGAUAGGUCUGUUGCGAGAGGACCAGGUUCUGCUUCGUGACAUGCAGAACCAAAUGGCACAACUGAAGAACAUGGAGUCCAACUCCAAGACCUACCUGAGCAGGAUUGCUGAGCUGGAGCAGACAGUGGCCAUGUUGGAGGCCCAGUUAGAACAGGAGAAGGGGGAGAAACAGGACCUCAUAACUGAGAAACAACUUAAGGCCAAAGAACACGAAGAGGUGGUGGGACGUCUGCUAGAGGAAAAUCUGAAACUGAAAGAGGAGGUCAACCAGUUGAAUCUGAAGAACAAGCAACAAGAACAAGUUGCUGAUGAUGUUGCUAGGGCCAAGCUAGAGGAAGCCAAUCAACAGCUGAAGAGGGAACUGGACGAGGAAAGAGAACACCACCAGAAACUGGUGAAGGAAUACAACCGUCUGCUUCAGAGAUGUGAGAACUUACAGGGAGAGGUCACGGAUCUGACCAGUCCUCAGAGAGACUUGUUACAGCUUGGACACAGGAGAAACCUGUCCAACCUCAGUGGGAUCAGCCUGGAGUCAGAGAUGACAUCUGCUUCUGAGAAGGAGAAGGAUGAGAGUGAGCUGGCAGAGAAGGCCAUGAAUGGGGUACAGCCAGGAGAGGAGGACCAGGGUUAUGGCACAGAGAGGAAAAAAGAAGAUACAGGAGUGCGUGAAAGUAUUGAAGCUGUGCACUGGAACCAGACUACGGAGACUGUGGCCAGUAAAAACAAAGAUAGCAGCCAGUUGCUCAGCCCUAGCUCAGCAGAAGGCAAGAAGAAAGAAAGAUCUGCAUCUAGGAACAGCAUGGAUGAAAAGAAAGAUGCAGAGAAGGUGGAUGUGGGUCUUAUGAUCAAGUUACAGACCAGAGUGAAGGACCUGGAGAAGGAGAGGGCUCGGCUCCAGGAGUUACUGGAUGAGGACCAGCAGGAGAGACCCAGGGCUGGUUCCAAGCUGGGGAUGCUGGGGGAUGAGGCGUACGAGGCCAUCAAGAACCAGGAGUUGGAAGUUGAGAAUACAAAGAUGAAGGAGGAACUUCAGCGCCUCAGAGCAGCAGUCGCUAUGAAUUCCAAGUUUGAAGAGAGUGUAGAUCUUUCCAGAAGAGGGUCCAAUGUAGCUGGGAAAGAAUUCAUGGACCAAUUUGAAGCUAUGGCAGAUGAGUUGGAGAGAAGGCGUGAAGAAUGCAUCCAGCUGAGAGCGCUACUGGUCAACAGGAGCCGGGACCAGAGUUCUGUUGCCAAGGAGAACUAUGAGGGAGAUGUAGACAGACUGAAUGAGGAUGGGGAGCUGGCCAUGGCUUAUAAAACUCAGAAAGAACUGCUGAAAAUGCAAGAAGAGCAGAUAGACAAGCUUCAGAAUAAAUACAGAAAGAUGGAGAAAGAACUGCGGCAUGAACUCACUGAACUAAAGCAGGACAAUGACAGGCAACAGAAACUGAUUGGACAGAACCUCUCCCUGUCACCAGAGGCAAAGAUUGAAGCCUGCAUGCAGCAUGAGAUCACAAGACUCACUUCGGAAAACCUGGAUCUGAGAGAACAGAUUGAGAAGCAACAACAGCAGAUCCAUAGACUGAAGAAAGCCCUCAAGCUUUACGCCAAGAGAUUAAAGACUGGAGAUGUUGCACAAGGCAGCACCCAGGCCAUUGCUGGUGAAGAGCUUGUUGGGGCCGACAUCAUGGCGGAGGUGGAGAAAGAAAUUGCCAAAGAGAAUCCAGACUUUGAACGUAGCACCAGUGUUGCCAGUGUCCGCCACAGAGAACGGGAAUACAUGGGAAUGCUGGAAUACAGGAAAGAGGAUGAACCCCUCCUCAUCAAAAACCUGAUUCAAGAACUGAGCCCCAAGGUAGCAGGGAGCUGUCUGCCAGGUCUUCCAGCCUAUGUCUUCUUCAUGUGUAUUCGCCACACAGACUACAUCAAUGAUGAUGAGAAGGUCAGAAGUCUGCUCACUAAUGUCAUCAAUGGAAUAAAGAGAGUUGUCAAGAAACGCCAUGAAGAUGUGGAGAGCGUCACCAUGUGGCUUGCAAACACCUGUAGACUUCUACACAACUUCAAGCAAUACAGUGGAGACAAGGCAUUCCAAACUGAAAAUACUCCAAAACAAAAUGAGCAUUGUCUGCGCAACUUUGACCUGUCCGAGUACAGGCAAGUCCUGAGUGACCUGGCUGUGUGGAUAUACCAGACACUGACCAAGUUAUUGCAGGACAAUUUACAGCCUAUGAUAGUUCAUGGAUUGCUAGAACAUGAGGCAAUAGCAGGUUUAACUGGUAGCAAACCUACAGGAAUGAGAGGAAGAUCUACCAGUAAUGCCAGGCAGCUGGAUGAUUUUACCAAGAGUUUGGACAUGGUCAUGAAAGCUUUGGGCACCUUUUUGAAAAUCUUUAAGACACAUGCUCUGGACCCUGAACUGGUGAAGCAGGUUUUCAAACAGCUUUAUUAUUAUGUUUGUGCUGUGGCAUUAAACAACUUAUUAUUAAGGAAAGACUUGUCUAACUGGUCUAAAGGGAUGCAGAUAAGGUAUAAUAUCAGCCAUAUAGAGCAAUGGUUACGAGACCAGCACCUCCAGGACUGUGGGGCGGCCGAGCAGCUGGAGCCGAUUAUCCAGGCAUCCCAGUUACUGCAGGCCAGGAAGACUGAGGCUGAUGUGGAGAGUAUAUGUGACAUGUGUUCAGCACUCUCUGUUCCACAGAUUGUGAAACUCCUAAAUCUCUACACCCCUGUGGACGAGUUUGAGGAACGCGUGCCGAUAGCAUUCAUACGGAAGAUACAGGAGCAACUGAAGAAAACCCGCCAAGCCAACCAAGCAGGGAAUCUGUUAAUGGACACUAAGAAAAUGUUCCCGGUGACUUUCCCCUUUAAUCCCUCCAACCUGGGGCUGGAAACAAUACAGGUGCCAGAGACCCUGAAUGUUAAUUUCUUGAAAAAAUUGUAAUGGAUUUUUAUCCAACAAAGAAAGAGGGAGAGAUGCUGGCAAUACUGUUGGAGUUCUGAGCAUAGCUUUGAAAUUCCAUGGUGCUUUUGAAUGUCAAAUGAUGAGCAGAGUUGGGAAGUGACCUUUUUUCACAAGCCAGGUGACAAAUUAUGUACAGUGAUAAUUGUCAAUUAUGUAAAUGAAUGUGUAUUGUAGUUAAAGACAGAAUCUAUCUGUAAAAAAAGCCAGUAAUUGGGCAGAGGGCUGGUGAUGAUCCUAUCCAAUCCCAAGUUAGACUGUGCCUAUUCUCUUAGCACUGAUCACUGUCCAGAAGCGACAGGAUAACACUGACCACUGUCAAGUAGACAUAGGAUUCCUGUGCCUAUCAAGGUUAUUGUGCCUGGAUUGAUAUGCCUGUGUAGCACUGGUCAGCAC